ACUGGUAGUACUUACUUGAAGUACCAGUUAUUGUUAUCAGAGUAUUCGAACAACUCUUUCUUGUUUCUUGUCUCGUUCCCGUGAGGGAGACCAAACAAAAAGAAACAAGUUUCGUCGUGGACUUUCAAGGCAGACUCGGUAUUAGGUGUUCCGGUAUCAGGUGUUCAGGCAUCAAACCCCCAAAAUAAUCGUAGUCUAUCAUCCCUGACAAGACCUAAGAGCAAGGAUAAAGUUAUAGAUAGGUUGGUAGAUACAUAGACAGUAGGAGAGAACGAGAGUGCUUCGAACCGGCGAGUGCUUUUGUUCCUUCGAGAGAAGUUCGAAACUAUACGUAGACGGGUUCAAAUUGUGUUCAAGGCGAAUCUAGUUUAGUCGACGCGUCAGAAUCAUAGGUAUUGCAUAAUGGAGUAUCCUUACAAUUUGCAUGGGGGGCAAGGCUUUCGAACAAGCCUUGAUGAGGCCAUUCGUCUUAGUUACAGUUAUAGUGAAGGAGAUGGAAUCGGCAGAAUUGGAUUAGAUCAUGACAGUAGAAGCAACGGCAUCGCCCCCUCUUGGCUCCAGAACCUUUCUUAUCCACAAGACAGUGACAAAAACAAUUCGAACCGUAUCAUAAAUUCUGCUGCUAAUCCUGCUGAUGGUUCUCUCUCACACAAAAAUAUCCCGGUGGUGGAUUACGCCACCUUCAAACAAAAACUGAGGAACUACGGACGUUGUCGAGACAAACUACGGCGCCUAUUGGAAGACACAAAUACAACUAUUGCCACCGAACAAUUACAGGAACAGAAUUGUGGCAGCAUAGGCAAUGGGAAGGUCAGGGAUUCCGUUUUUGUCGACGACAUGGAAGCUAUUCUGGCGGAAUUAUUGACCAUCAACAAGAACAACUUGGAUAGCAGAAUAAUCACUUCAUUUGAGAAUCCCUACGUGUCCAUGGGCGACAACGAGCAGCAAUCAUCACCAUCUAACAACGCCAGAAAAGAAAGUUCGAAUGUAAGCAAUAUUGGUAGCUUGCGAUCGUGUGAUCUCCCGGGCCUUUGGAGGAGCGAUCGAAAACGAAAAACUAUCAAACGCCGAAACGUCCUGCGGAGGGCCUCCAAUAUUGAAAGAGACGAUCUGACCGGCUUUUUGGCGGGGGAAAGUAGAAAAAUUUAUGCCUACUAUGACUCGAGCUUACGAUCCCUGCAAGGGCGGGUCAUUAAGUGGAUAAAACGACGACAACUACUAGAUGACAAUGCUCUCUUUUCGCAGUCUUCGGAGAAGAGGAGAAAUACGAUGCAGUCGGCUGGAAGCACCGGAAUUGGCACUAUGAAUAACGCCAACCGAAAUUCAUCUGCUAUCUCUGCGCAUCUGCAAGAAACGAUUGCCCUCGGAAGAGAUCUUCUUGAUUUGCAAGCUUUUUGCGCCAUGAACAUCUUGGUGGUCCGCCAGAUUCUGAUCCGGUACGAUGCCUUUACUCGAUCGGUUGAGGGAACGCCUCUGAUGGAGUUCUACCUGAAGCAGGUCCUCCAUUCCAAAAAUAAUACACGAAGAAGCAUUGGAAGAGAAGCAGAAAGUCAAAACAGAGACAGCAAUAGCGACAACAAAUAUCAUUGGGAGCUGCAACAGAUAUUAUCGCAUCACGGGAUUUCCUCUCUGUGUGAGAAGUUUUACAGCCAGCUAUUGUUGGGAGGAAAGACUAUGGGAGACAAAAACAUCACCAACAUCGGCAGCAACCAUUACGAGUUCGAGAGCGACAGAGAACAACAAAGGUACGACACAAUCAUAUCGGUGAUCACCGAACGCUUCCAAUCGGACCGAGAGCAACUUUCCCGGAUUGUACUUUCCUUGUCGAUCGAGAAGACGGUCUCCCUUGCCAAUGUAGAAUUGUCCGACACGACCACGCAUUCGACACGCACCAUUUCUCUGUCUAUACCCCAGUCUCCUGCAUCCACCAGCACACCCUCAGCCAAUACGAACGCAUCAAAAACCAUAACUGAUACUCUAAUUGAAAUGGUUCAAAGGUACUCAUGGUGUGGAAUGUACAUGGAGGACCAGAUUGGAUGGACUACUGCUGAUCGUGGACGAACUCUUACGGAAGAAAUGAGAUCCUUAUCAAAGUGGAAACGGCAGUCGCAAAUGGUUUGGUCCAAGACCGAUGCCGAUAUGUUUGUGGAAGCCGUUGAACAAGCGAAUGCUUUGGUUGCAGCCGGAGAGGAUGGCCAACGCCGACUUGGAUUUGCCGCUUGCUUGAACCUCGAAUGCGACAACCUGGCGGGCUGUGGUAAUGACAACGAGGAAUUGCGCAUCAGUACUGCGGGAGAGGGUGGCGGUGCAAUUCAUCUUGCCCUUUCCUCUGAUCAAGAUGCAGAUAUGGAUGUAGAUACUGCCGGCUCCAGUACGAUAGACGACAACCACUCGUUCGUCACAGACGAUGGGGGAGACGAACUUACUGGGCAACAAAAAUUCAACCUAGUAAUGGCACUCGGGGGAGGAUUUUUGUACUGCAUGAAUUACUAUAUCGUCGAACCCUCUUCUACUAUGUAUGUGAAUGCGCUAGGGGCCCAAGACGCUGCCGGGGCUAUCCUUAUCGGAAUGAUGCCCAUUGCUUGCUUCCUCGCAGCCAUCGUCUACAGCGUUUGGACAAACACGGUGUACCGCCAACCAUUUUUGGUGAGUUGCUCGCUCAUGGUAAUGGGAAACAUUGUCUAUUCGAGCGCCUUCAAUUACCAGUCUCUUCCAAUGGCACUCGUCGGUAGAUUUAUGACGGGCCUUGGUGGUCCGAAGAUGAUUGUCCGUCGGUAUAUUGCCGACACGACUUCAUCCGGCAUCCGAACUAGCGUUAACGCACUGUUCGGAAUGGUGGUUGCAGCAGGAUCGGCCCUCGGCCCCUGCUGUGCCAUCCUGUUGUCCAAUUUCGAUUUCAUAGUCGUGCUUCCAGGGGGCAAGUCUGAGAUUUGGUUCAACAGCAUGACGGGGCCAGGGUGGUUCAUGGCGUUCCUGUGGGGAAUCUUUUCGGCGAUCCUUUUCUAUGGGUUUCGAGAAGAGGAACGGAUAGGAUUGAAAGAAAAACUCCAGCAAGACAACGAAGAGUCUUUGAUAGAAGGGCAAGGCGAAAAUAAAAAACCUAAAGAUAUUGUCGAAGAAGGCAACAAGGACGAUAGCCUCUGGACGGAAUUGAAACGUGCGUGCAAAUAUUUGCUCUUUCCUGUACAGAUAUGUAUGGGAUUGCUAUUUGGCAAGGUGUUUGUCAUCGAAACACUUGUGAGUUGCACGAGUGCGCUGUCCAAAAACAGAUACGGAUGGACCAUCCACGAGGUCGGUGCACUGGGCUGCUUUAAUGGCUUCUUCGUGAUCCCCAUUUCGAUCCUGGUUGGAAAGCUCAGUAUGUAUUACCAGGAUCGAUAUUUGAUGGUAUGCCUGUUGCUUGUGGGGAUUUCUGGGCUCAGUCUUCUCGUCGAUGUUUCGGAUCUUGUCGAUGGGAACUCCGAGCGAACCUACAACAAAAACACCUGGUGGAGCGUCGGGCCGACCCAAUACGUCAUUGGCUACUUUGUGACUUACGUUUCCAUCCAGAGUUUCGAGGGCAUCAUCGGUUCGGCCCUGUCGAAACUCAUCCCGACCGCACUCGCCCAAGGCACCUUCAACAGCGGGCUUUUGGCGACGCUGGUCGAUACGUCCGGGCGUGGCUGCGGGGACAUUUUCAUUUCGCUCAUGGGGUUCCUAAACAUCCGCCAGCUGAUGAACCUGCUGUUCAUCCCCGGCCUGUUCAUCCUGGUGACCUGCCUGACGGUAGUGCGACGAAACUACGACGUGCUAGCGGUGUAAACUAGAGUCACGGAAUGUCUCGAUUUCUUUACAU